AUGAAUAAUUGCACUGGUAGGAAAUGUGGAGUUUUCCGAACAUUUUCAUGUUCUCCAACAAGUGUAUCACUCUUAUCAUCGGCAUUUAUAUCUUUGGGAAGUAUUUAUUCCAUUAAAUCAGCUUUUAGUUAUAUGCUUUCUAGAUUGUUAUAUAGUUUUGCAAACUACAGGACAACGGAUUUCAUGGCUUUGGGUAAGUUUGCUUCAAUACUUGGAGCUUUGGUAAAGCAUGUUCCGUUUGUUGUCGCUUUAUGUACAAUUUGCAAUGGUAUAAUAUGUUUGACAGGGAUAAUAUAUAUACUCAUAGGACUAUGUAGUCAUUCUUAUUCUUCAGCAACUCAGAUAAUUGUCGAUAACUGUCGUUUAUACUUUUCAAACUGUGAGAAUACCACAAUCAAUUCGAUCAUGGAUUGUAAUGAUCCAUCUCAACUAGUUUCAUCCCCAUUUUUACAGUUAAGAUGUUUACCAGGCUCGUCUGAAAUUUGUAAGUAUUCACAGGAACUUAAAUCUGGAACAAAUCCUUGUACCAGGGAAAUGCUAAAAAAUUAUCUUAUGUCUACAGGAGAUACUGAAAUUAUUGGGGAGUUGGAAAAGGAGACUAGAAGUUUAUUAACGAAUAGAUUAAGUAAGCAAGAUAAAGAAAAUGAUGGAAAAGUAAUACAUCAAAGAAAACUUAGUUCGACUUAUAUUUCAACACUACAAGGCGUAAGCAAUCGAGAACUACUAGAUCUAUACCUAAUACCAACCUCGCCUUCAGGCCAAAGUGAAUUAAUAAGCAGCUAUGGCUUCAGCGAUCUAUAUGCAGCAGCUCGUGUUUGGAUAGCUGUUGCUUGUUAUACUUAUGUUUCCACAACCAUUCUCUUCUUCUUCGUUAAAUAUUUCAGCCCUCAAGACUCUUGUUUCUCUUUUGUUAGAAAACCAAAAGAAUUAUUUCUUCUAAAAAUACUGAAUGUAUUUACUCCUUGGCAGUAA